ACCCCUUCUCCCUUUAUACAUACCUGCGCCCAUCUCUUAUUUUUCUUCCACCAGCAAUCCAUAAUCCCCGCUCAAAGAAUUCCAGUGCCUUUUCUUUUCUCCCAGUGCUCGAUUUCAUUUCCAAAUUUCUCAGGUUUCAGGGUUUCUUCGUAGAAGUGGUUUGAAAAAUUAUUUAAAUAUGCCACCUUUUGAGGGCUGGGCAACAAACGGGGCUGGACGAACCAAAACAGAUUCUAACAUAGUCACUGUCGAUGUGGGUGGGCAGAUUUUUCAGACCACCAAGCAAACCCUUAGUCUAGCCGGACCCAAGUCCCUGUUUUCUCGGAUUUCCGUCUCGCACUCCGGUCCGCCUUUCAUCGACCGAGACCCCGAGUUGUUCUCGGUCCUUCUUUCGCUUCUCAGAACCGGUAAUCUUCCCUCCAAGGCCAAAGCUUUCGACCUCCAAGACCUGAUUUCCGAGUCCCAGUUCUACGGCAUCGAACCCCUUUUACUGAAUUCGCUCUCAAACCCGUCGCAAUUCGACGCGUUUAACCUCGAGAAAUCGUUGGUUUUACCGUUGAAUGGCCGCAAUUCGCCGUCCACGAUUGCUACGACGCCGUGCGGCUCGGUCCACGUGGCGCAUGGUAGCAAGAUAACAUCGUUUGAUUGGUCGUUGAGAACAAAGUCAACGAUUCUUACCCAAUUUACGGCAAUUGAUUCGCUGCUGGCGAUAUCGCCAUCCGUGGCCGCUGCCGGGGCCACGGAUUUCUCGGGGCUUCAGAUUCUUGAUCUUCAAAGGGGGAUUGUAAAAGAGAGCUUGAAUUGGGAGAAUGUGACUCGAUCAAGUUCGACAGUGCAAGCAAUUGGAUCCUCGCCCGAGCUUCUAUUCGCUAGUUUCGAAUCGGGUCGGCGGAAUUCGAAUUCGAUUAUGGUUUAUGAUCUGCAGACCUUGACUCCGGUAGCUGAGGUAGGUCACUCUGAAAUUUAUGGUGCCGAGAUUGAUUCGGCGAUCCCUGCCACGAAAUUGAAUUGGGUUUCUGGUUAUAAUUUGUUAAUGGCAUCCGGGUCUCAUAGUGGGCCUUCGGGAGUAUUGGGUAACAUCAAAUUCUGGGAUGUAAGAUCGGGAAAUAUGGUAUGGGAGCUUAAGGAGAAGGUAGAUUGCUUUUCGGAUAUAGCAGUUUCGGAUAAUUUGUCAGGAAUCUUUAAGGUUGGUGUGAACACGGGCGAGGUGUACUUUUCAGAUUUCCGCAAUAUUGAUAGUGAUAAUCCAUGGGUUUGCCUUGGGGAUAGAAGAAAACUUGUGAAUGGGAAGAAGGAAGGUGUCGGGUACAAGAUUGAGAGUCAUGGGAAUCAAGUGUUUUGCAGUAAGGGAGGGAAUAUAGAGCUGUGGACAGAGGUAGUGAUGGGCUGUUCAAAGCAGAGUGAAGAUAAGUUGGAAGACAGGGUCUUUAGGAAAAACUUAAUGGGGAGAGUGAAGGAUAUGGGAGGUUCCAAGAUAACCAACUUGGCUUUUGGAGGGAACAAGAUGUUUGUGACCCGGAAAGAUCAGCAAAAUGUGGAGGUUUGGCAGAGUUCAGGGAGGGGAUUUUGAUCUCAAAAGGGAUCACUGAGAUCAAUUAGAAUCGGUAUUUUUUGUAAAUUAAUUCAUAGUUUGAUUCAUUUGUAGAUGAUCAAUCCUGUAUUUUGUAGAGGCUGCAAUUAUUUAUGUAUUUUAUUUCUUAAGAUAUUGGAAUGGGAUCAAUCACUUCUCUUUUUCUUUUUUUU